GGAGCCCGCGCACUGCAACAGGGCGAAAAAUGCACAUAAGCACCAGCAGGCACAUCGCUCUACCCCGUGCGAAUUUUACAAAACUGUUGGAAUGAGAUGUGUAUAUAUACUCGUAGCUGUGCCUCCAGCCAACCACGUACGGUGUAACCUUCCACGUCACGGCUCGCAUUCGUAUAAACCAACACUCCUCAGGACACAAGGAUCUGAUACGCCAACAUCAUCGGCGCAUUCACAGAGUCCUCGAAAUCAAUCAAUCCCUCCCCCACCUCCCCAAGGAACUUCAGCGUACCAGCCAUCGCCAGCAGCUGCCCGAAGUCAAAGUUUUGGUGGAAGUGGGCCAAAUUGAAAAGCGAGAAUCGCCGGUUAGCGAAAUUUGUGCGGGCGCCAGUGGGAAAUUGGCCAAAACAGAGAGGGAGAGCGAGAAAAAAAGCAGUAAAAUCGUUCUUCACGUUCUCAAGUU